AUGGGCACCUAUCUCUCCAGUCCCCUAUCGGGGAAGGAGGUGGCUUCGGGGGCCUGCGAGUCUAUGGGCCUCCGCUGGGGUGUAUGCAGCAUGCAGGGCUGGCGCGUUUCUAUGGAGGAUGCCCAUUUAGUGCUGUAUGCCAAGCGAGUGGGAGGUGCCUCAGCAGCAAAUGCUGCGGGUGGUCCUUCCUACGCUUCUCCGCGCGAGGGAGCCCCUUUGGAGGUCGCAGGCGUUCAGCAGCAGCAGCAGAAGGACGAGCUAAGCCCGCUGGGGCCCAGACUGUCUGCGGGUGGGGUGCAGCAGCAGCUGCUUUCUCAGCUGCUCUUGGGGUCGGGAUCGGGACCGGGAUUGGGAGUAGGCUCUCAGCGCGGCUCGGACGGUUGUUAUGUCUUCCUGCCAGCGGAGGUGGAGAUGCAGAAGGAUGAGGUGGGGGGUGUGUCCUCCUCAGCUGUUGCUGCCCCGGCAACAGCAGCAGCAGCAGCAGCAGCAGAAGAUGGGGGGGAUGCGGCUGAUGGUGAAGCAGCGGAAGCUAUUGAAGGAGACGCAUCAGCAACCCCCAGCGGCAAGAAGACCAACAAAGUCGGCAGAGUUGUGCGGCGCCAGUUUACAUUGAGGCGCCGGGGCACCCCUGCUGCUACUGAAACUGAUGCGGCUGAGGCUGCGGGUGCUGGCUCUUCUGGUGCUGCGCUGGGUACGGCUGCUUCUGCGGGGCUCCCUCCUGCCUCAGUAGGUAGGGGGGGCCCUUCUGGGCAAGAGGCUGUUGGGGGCCACUCUGCGUGGGGGCUCGGCACUCCGUCUAGCCAGACAGUGCAGCACGCCGAUUUGUGCAUAUUUGCUGUCUUUGAUGGCCAUGGAGGCGCCCACGUGUCCAGGUUUGCUGCUGCACACAUGAAGCCGCUCCUGGAGUGCCAGCCCGCCUUCCACCGAGGAGACCUCAGCACCGCGCUGCGGAACGCAUAUUUACGGAUAGAUGAUUUACUGCGGGAGGAGAGCAGCCAAGACGACCUGCUGUAUCUGACUUCCCAUUCGCCCCAUCAGCUGCUGCAGCACAAGCUGCAGCUCCAGCAAGAACAGCAGCAGCAUCAACACGAACAGGACGCCAGUGCCGCCGCAGCACCCGCACAGCACAAAGGGCUCAGGUCCACCCUAUCGAACCUGGGGCAGCACUUCGGCGUGAAGUCCCAGCAGCAGCAGCAGCAGCAGCAGCAGGCAGCAGCGGGGCAGGUAAGUCGCACAGGCGUGAACAGCAGCUCUUUGGGGGAGGCCCCUAGCAAGCAACAAACGGGGGCUAUUGCUGCUCGGAGCACCGAAGAAGAGCUGCACGGCAGAUCGCUGCGGAGUCCUGGAGAAGACUCGCUGGCAACGUUCAGUAUCCAGGCCACAGCAGCAACUGCAGCUGCAGCUGCCACUGCAGCAGCAGCAGAGAGAAGCACAGCGCGCAGCGGAGCCGCUGCUAUCCUUGCUGCGUACGCAGCGAAUGGCCCCGAUGGUCCGCCAACUCCCCGAAGCAGUUUGACUUACGUCUCAGAACCAGACAGUCAAGCAGCAGCAGCAGUUGCUGCAGCAUCAACAGCGGCAGCGGCAGCAGUGGCUGCAUCGGAUCCCCCUGCUGCUGCGUCUGAGGAGGAGGUGGCAGCAGCAGCAGCAGCAGCAGCAGCAACAGUUGCAGCAGCAGCGACAGGGACCGGACCUCCGGAGGAGACAGGAGCCACCAAGAAAGGCAAGAAGCUUAGUUUCUCAGGACUUGUUGAUGUUGUCACCCGCACCGUGGGCCUCAAUAGACUCUUUGGGCGCAGCAACGGCAGCAGCAGCAGCGGCAGGUCUCUCGCCAGCACUGCGGGCAGUACCGCCCUCACAGUGUGUGUUACUAUCCGGAUAUAUGCAGCCGGGGGGUUUCUAGAAAUGGGCCGUGUGAAUGGGAAUUUGAAUUUGUCGCGCGCGUUGGGCGAUUUGGUGUACAAAGCAGAUGACAGUCUUCCUCCCGAGAAGCAGAUCCUCUCCGGUUGCCCAGACAUCGUGGCAGUGAACAGAGACCCCGAGAGGGAUGAGUUUCUCGUGAUCGGAUGUGACGGCAUUUGGGAACUGCUGUCGUCUGCUGAGGUGGUGGAGUUCGUGAGGCGGCGAAUUGAGCACACUCCGGACUUGUGUCAGAUCCUGAAGGAGCUGUUUGACUCAUUGAUAUCUCCCAACCCAGCGCUCUUUGAGUAUGGUUGCGACAACAUGACGGCAUUUAUAGUGGACCUGCAGGCAGAGAAGCGGCGGCAUCAUCCCGCCGGUGGUGCGUCAGGCACAGCUCUGCAGGCCUCGCAGGAGCACCAGGAGCAGCAGGACACGCGGCGCUACAGCAAGACUAGCAGCACGGAGAGCCUUUCCGGCUCCGUUUAUGGAGAUGGAGAACUCAAGCAAACAAACCAACACGGACUCUCCCAGGAAGGCCAGCAGCAGCAGCAACAACAGCAGCAACAAGAGGGACACUCACAGGAGGAGAGAAGCGAGCGGCCGUAG